AAAGUAAAAUCUAUUAUAUCAAAUGAUGAUUUACGAUUUUUAUGAUUAGAGGAUGUUAGUGUUAUUGGCAGGUUUUCUUGGUGGAAUAGCCUUCAUUCUGAUUGUAGAAAUAUUUGUUGUAUAUAAAUGGUUUCAAGUGCAGCCUAAUAAAGAUCCUAAACUUGUUCCUCAACAAAAACCUGUUUCCAAUCCCAGGAGUAUAGCUGAGUUUUGCAGUAAAGAAGGAGCGACAGAAAAAGAAUCAUGCAUGUUUCUAAAUUUAAUAUUUCAGUUUCUUUGGAAAGAAUGGAGAGAUUCACCCAAAACUAGAAACUUUUUUAUUUGUAAAAUGAAUAUGGAGUUUAAAGAAAUGCUGCUGAAUAAAGCUGCUGGUAAACUUAUUGAUCAGAUUUCUGUUUGUGAUUAUUAUCUUGGAGAUUCUUUACCUGUUUUCAAAAAUGCAACAGUUAUGAAAGUUGAUACAAGCAGCCCGACCCAAGUACCCAAAGAGUUGGACAUAGCUGUAGAUGUUGAGUAUUCUGGUGGGUUUAUAAUCUCUUUAGAUGUAGGUUUAAUAUUUGGAAAGUCAGCUCAUUUUACUGUCGAGUUAAACUCAUUGACUGGAAGAUUAAGAUUGCAGCUUACAAGAAAUCCUUGCACUCAUUGGUCAUUUAGUUUUUAUGAAGUAUUGUUUGAUCCUUUGAUGGAUUUAAAAGUUGAGUCUGAUUUUGAGGGAAAAAAUUUACCAAAGCUUACAACGUUUAUCAGCAAUCAAAUACGAAAAUCUAUAAAAAAGAAGCACACGCUUCCCAACUACAAAGUACGCUACAAACCCUUUUUUGUUCAAGAGAAACCACAAGAUGGAAAAAAUGAGAUAUAUUAUCACAACAGUUUGAUAACUGUUGGAAAACUUGAUAUUGAAAUUGUAGAAUGCACAAGAUUACCACCUUUGCCAAAAGGUUCACAUAUAUAUUGCACAUUGUCAUUGGAUUCACUUCCAUGGAAAGAAGAUAUGCCUCUUAGAAGAUCUUUAUGGCCGGUGCAUGAGGUUUUAAUAUGCAGAGCACCAUCAGGUGUGAUUGGAAUAAGCUUUUUUCAAGAGGUUGAAACAUUAGAUGAUGAAAAAAUUGAAAGUGUUUUAAUCAAAACUGUUACUCCAAACUCACCAGCCAGUCAUGUUGAUGUACAAAUAGGUGACAUUUUGAUAAGUGUCAAUAAUGUUGAUGUUGUUACUAUGAAACAAGCUGUACGACUCAUAAAAAAUGCUGGAAACAAGUUUACUUUAAAACUUCAACGUCCCCCUACAAAAAAAAAUACAGAUGCAUUAACAGCAAAACCUAAAGUUGAAGAAACUAAAGAUCAAGAGGAUAAUAUUAAUACUCAAGUCAAGGCUAAGGACGGGUUUGAUUUUAACAGCAUACUUUUACAUGAUGAAGAUAGCGAAACUGAAGAGUUUGUUAACAUUGUUGUUCAUGAAAUAGAAAAGGAAUUGUUUGCUGAUGAAGCAACUAAGAAGUUUAUUAAUGAAGUAAAACUUUUAAGACAUAGUUCAAUGGAUAUUAAAGAUUCUUUGAAUGUUGAAAGCAAAGAAGAUACUUUACCAGAUAAAGUAAAUUUAGUCACGAAAACAUCUGAUAAAAAUUCUAAAAGCUCUUCUAGUCCUGGAUCAAGUGAAUUCAAAACAUCUGCCAUAAAAAAAAAGAGACGGUUUUCUUUAAAAAAUAGUUUCAAGAAAAAAGCUUUAAAACUAGAACCAGUUAUUGAAUCAGAUAGCUGUGAAACUUCGGAUCAUUCAUCAUUUAGUGCUGAUUCAAGAAGUUCUAAUAAAGAACAAGGGGAUGAGACUUAUACAUCUUCAGAUACAAAGUUAAGUAAGUUUUCUGAACCAGAUGAUAAAAUGGAAACUAAGUGCUCUAAAGAUUGGGAUAAUAUUUCACAGCAAACUGCUGACAUUAAAGUUGAAAAUGAAUUUACUCAAACUGAAGAUGAUAAAGAACCUACUGGCCAAAGAACAUCUAUUGCCAGUGCUAACCAGGAACCUGUUUGGAAUGAAAUCUUUUCAUUUGAUGUUGAGAGAGAACACAAAUUUCUAAACAUUUGUGUAUGGGGGAAAUGUGAAGAUGCUUUUGAUAAAGAUCUGCUAUUAGGAUAUGUUUCAAUUCCAUUAAUGGACUUGUCAUUAGAAUGCUUAUCAACUAAAUCUAGAAAAAGUAUCCAGACAUUUCUUCUUGCAGUCACUGAAAGUCGUUCAGCAAUCAGUCGUUCAUAUCUUCGUGUUAUGAUGCCUGGUUUGAAUCAUAAUCAGUGCAAUGGAGAUAUAACUUUAGCAUAUAAAUAUGUUUCAUUGGUUCCAGAAAAUGACUUGAAAAAUCUUGAAGCCAAGCAGGUUGAAGAGGACAACAAGAAGGUGGGAUUCACAAAGGUUGAUGAUAAAGAUUCUAAUGGCAUUAUACAUAAAGAGCACAAUUUUAUUGGAACUGAUUUCUAUUUCCCUACUCGCUGUGAAUAUUGCCAAAGAAAGGUUUGGCGUAAAGUAGCAUUUCAGUGUCGAGUUUGUGCUAUGGUUUGUCACAAAAGAUGUUUGCAAAAAGCACAAAAUUAUACGUACUGCACAAGUUUUGGAGUUCGAGCAAAACCUCCAGUUUGGCAAAAAUAUAAUCCCCCUACAGUUGAAGCUCAGGAUGGCCCAAUAUUUGACCAAUCAAGAAUUACUACUGUGAGUUCAGAACCUGAGUUUCAAAAUGCAAAUGAUUCUUGGAAUAUACCUGAAGAAUAUGAUCUUUUUCUUGGUCAUGAAACCUUUAAUACUGAAACUACAUUAAGAAGAAGAAGGUUUUCUAAUGACAGCUCAGGAACUAAGGUUUUAGAAACAGAUUUUCAACAAAGUUUAGAUGAUUCCAUCUCAAGAGCAAAAGUGACUGCUAAAGAGGCUGGUCGAGAACUAUGUGCCAGUCUUGAUGAGGAAAACAGAGAGUUAUAUCUUCAAAGAAAAUUAGAAGAGUUUCAGAAAGUGAUAUUGGCAGAGCGCUACAAUCAAGAAUAUCUCAAAGAAACUGUCAACAGUACAGUGCAAAGUAAAAUGAAAGAAAGUGCUGUUGAAAAAUUACGCAAAUCAGAAGACAGAGUUCAAGGUUUGACCUUGUUGAUGAUUCAAUAUGGAGCUGCUCUCAACGAAUGCUAUGUUAAAUCUCAUCCGCAACAGUGUGAUCUGUGAUGUUAUAUCUAAACUGGAGUGUAGUUACUAUUUUUUGGUCCAUAUAUCUUUUAUAAAAAUGUUAAAAGCAAAUCUGCUACAUUCUUUAAAGUCGUCCCUAAUGAAAGCACUAUAUUCUAGUCAUACUGCGCAAAUCUUAUUGUAAGCGUUAAAAAUGAAAAUUAUUUUUUACAUAAACAAAUUUUUUUAAACUUGUAUUAUUUUGACAGGAAAACAAAUCUUUUGACACUUUUUAUAACUUACAUAAGGUAAUCUUUUAAACGUUUUAAGUGAAUAGUUUUGAGGU